AUGGAGAUGCUGCAAUUCAGUCCUCAUCCAGCCGUGUUUCCGUCGCCACUGUUGUACGUGGCUGACACGAUAGGGAAUGUUUACGCCGCCAAACUCCCCGCUGCAUCCGUGAUGGCAAUUAGCGAUGAGCCACCCAAGAAGCGACCGCGUCUGCAGACCGAUGUCAACAGUUCUUUUUGGAUAACUAUUGCCCCUGCAACGACGUCUGAGAGCGGAGUGACACCUGGGGCCCCUGGCUGGUGCGGGCUGGUGCCGCUUUCUUCUCGGCAGCUUGUCUGCUGCAGAGAAUUUUUUUUUGACCUUCGUCUUAUGGACGUUCAGGUUGGAGCCGUGGUCCGGCAAUAUGGUACACUACAUCCACCCACUGGCAUCACGGCCUGCUCCGGAAUUCCUCACAGCGCUGUGGUGGCGGAAGGACCGGUGGCUACGCUGUACGAUGUGCGAUGCCCCGGUGCUGCUCUCACUCUCAAGACGGACACCAAGCGGGAGAUUUCACUGGUUACUAGUCGCUUAACGAGUCCUGUGUCAUACGUGGCGGAUGUGUGUCACACAUGCAAUGAGUACGAAGUGGCUACGGCGAUUGGACGCUCGCUUUGCGUGCAUGACGUGCGCAAAUGGAGCCGUGUGAGUGUUAGCACGAACGUCCUCAAAUACGAAAUCGGUUCCAUCGCUACUUUUGCAUCGGGCAAGGCUGUGGUGGUUGCUGGGAUUGAUGCCGAGGUGAGGAUUGUGCCACUGCACAAGAGCCCUCCUGCCGCCGCUGCGCCAGCGAAGGCUAAGGGCAACGGUCAUCCCCAUAGUGAGGAGGCAUUGGAGGAGGAGUCGUCUCCCAUGUCGUUUAGGAACCGUCUGGACUCGGCGGUAUGCUGCAGAAACACGUGGAACGGUGGUUGGGUGGAGAGCCUUGACGGGGUCUCCGCCACUGGGGUGUCGGCGGACCACGAGGUGUUUGUUGCCUUUUAA